UUAAUUCCGGCACUCUACAAGCAUUCCGGCGCGAGUUAGACUUUGGGCCACAUAACGGAAAGGAACCCCGCGUCGCAUAUCGCUCCCUCUGUCGGCUGGCCACUUUCAUACCUAGGGAAAAGGUCUUGAUAUAUAUCCUUCGAGGACCACGUGCUGGAGGCCUGUCUAGUCCUUGACCGCAAUCCCUCAGCUAACCGCUGAGUCGGGUCAUGGAGAUCACGACCAUUCUGAAUAGAAAAGGUUCAGCUGCUGUAGCUGCUGCAGAAGCACAAUUUCAACAACAACUUGCACAAGCCGCCCACUUCGAUUCCCGAACGUCGUCCGACAUGGGUUCAGAACACGGUACCUCCCAAUCUGGAGAUCAUCCAGUGCUGUCCUAUCCCCCAAGCGCUCCUUCGCUCCAUCAGAUGGCGAACAUCACCCAGGGAAUGCGAUAUCCUUCGCCCACACAUCCAAGCAACGGUGUACCGAUGAUGCAAAGUCCCUAUAUGCAUGGAGGUUUCCCUCCGAAUCCUCAGAUGCAGAAUACUGCCCCACCACCUCGAUCAGAACCGGCCCCAAAGACCUUCCACUGUUCGACGUGUAGCAAGGGUUUCGCUCGUCGCAGUGACCUGGCGCGACAUGAGAGAAUCCACACAGGUAUCAGGCCUCACGCUUGUGAAUGGCCCGGUUGUGGGAAGCAGUUUAUCCAGCGCUCUGCGUUGACGGUCCACGCUCGUGUCCACACUGGAGAGAAGCCACAUAUGUGUGAGAGAUGUGGCAAGCCCUUCAGUGAUUCGUCCUCACUCGCGAGACACCGCAGAAUACAUUCCGGCAAGCGGCCAUACAAGUGCCCAUACGCAAACUGCCAGAAGACAUUCACACGGCGCACAACUUUGACGCGGCAUCAGAACCAUCACACGGGGACUAUCGAGGAAGCAGCAGCUGAAACGGAAGCCAACCUAAGGCAGAACAAGGAGAGAUCUGGUCGUUCUGACGGGGUCUACUCCGAGACUGCCUCUGCCCACUCGACGCCUUCCCCUGCUCAGGCAUCAAUGUCACCUGGUAGCGAGUUGCCACCUUUGAAUAUGCACCGUCCAGUCGGCGACUAUUAUAUGCCAAACGGAUCAAUUCCGCCUCACGUCCGCGGGGAUUUCCAGCAGGCGAGCCCUCGGGCAUCUCCGACAGCCACGUCUCCUUCCCUAUCCAGCUUCAGCAGUGCCCCCCACACACGACCAUCCAUGACAUCUCACCCGAGUGGCUACGCUCCUCCUCAGCCUCUUGAGCCUCCGGCCAACAAUGACCACCGGCCCAACAGCGUCAAUGGAAGCCCGCAUAUGACUAGCCUUGGAUGGGCAUCGCCAUCUCACGGUAGCAUGCCUUCUCCUGGCUCCGCAACGGACUACGCCUACCCUGAACCCAGUGGUCCAGCGUACCCGGGUUCCAUGCCCCCUCAUAUGUACUUCCCCAACUCGACGAUCAGACGACCCACCAGCACUGAGCCAGACAACUACGAAAUGAAGCCACGAAUUGGCGAGAAUGCGUGGUCGACACCUGUCUGAUCACACAAAAAUGGGGCAUACGCAUGUUCGUUCUUGCUACACCAGGAACCGAACAAGCGUCUGGGCGCUUGGUUCUGUAAGAAUAUGGCAUUAUCGGUGUUCUCGUGCGUUGGGUUUCUUGUGAUGUGAUUCCCUCGAAGCAAUCGACCUUGAUAUAACUUCGUUCAUCUGUCUGUCAAUUUAGCUUUCAUACACGUGUCGAUAUCUUUAA